GUUUAACUAAAAAAACAACAAAACGAACAACACCAAACCCAUAAUUUUUCUUAUAUAAAAUCAAUGUAAAUAGAAUCGAAUUUCCUAGAAGAAGAAAGAAAAAACUUAAAAGGCAAAACAAAUUUCCAGCUAAGAAACAAAUAAAGGCAUAUCUUCAAAUAUUUGGAAUCAUAAACACACCCACACCACAAAUUAAAACUGAUAACAAACAAAUCAAAAGGAUAAACACACGUGUCUAGGAAAUUUGAUGCAAAAAACCUAACCUUAACUUCAUAGGGCUCUCAAGUAAAAAAAAAAAAAAACAAGCAGCAUUUUAGGCGCUAAAAAGCACAAACUAGAAAAAACAAUGAAGACCUUUAAAGCUUUAACACAAAAAAAGUUAACUGUUUUAUUAGCCAUCAUAUUUAUAACACAAAUCAAUGCUGUAAUCAGCCAACAGGAAGAUGAAUUACAAAAUAACAGAGGCUGGAGAUUGGCUAACAAUACAACAAACAUAGAGCCUUUAAUGGUGAUGGUGGUGGGAGAUAUAGAGGCCACAGCCAUUAGCUCUACCAGCAAAACGCCCUAUUUAACUAACAAUAUGGCUGAUAUUAACCAAAACCCUGAUGAAAAUGAAGACAUGAAUAACAACAACAACGAUGAGCAUGCUAAUGACAACGAUAAUAAUAUAACACCUCAGGCUUAUAAAUAUUAUAGCAAUCAGCAAGAAAAACAUAAAACUCUAAAUCAACUACAGCACAACAAACAUAAAAAUCAUUUUCAACAUGCUGGACAACAGCUGUCAGGCCAUAACACCAAGCAACAUCGUCAUCAUCAACAUCAUCCUACACAACAUCAUCAACGUCCACACAGAUAUCGAUAUCCUGCAAAUCAUUACUCUAGCAAAUAUCCUUUUGAAAAGCAUAAACAUCAUGUUAAACAUCAUCGACAGCAUCAUCAACAACCUGAAGUGGAACAACAACCAAACCAACACCACCACCAUAAUCACCAAAGUCCUCAUAGCAAAACGCAAAUAAAACAAAAACUAAAUCCCUCUUUGUCUUCAUAUGAAAAUAAACAAUUAACUAUUGCUACGGAAAUGCUAAAGCAACCAACUAUAGAAAACUAUAAAAAAGAAAAACUAACAACAUCUACGUAUGCGAAGCAGCAGCAGCAUAAUAGAAAUAUUGAUGAUUUUGUUAACAUAACGCCAGAGGAUUUUAAUUAUCAAAAUGAUGAUGAUUUUGAAAUGUUGUGGCAAAAUGAUAAUGAAAGAGAAUCUUUAAAUAGAAAUCAAAAUGUAAAACAUUAUAGUAUUACAACACCAGCAACCAAGCAUAACAAUAAGCAUGCAACCAUGCUAACGCCGUAUUACGAUGAUGAUGGUGAUGAUGCAACAACUUUGUCAUUACCUUUUGUCAACGUAGGUGAUGAUGAUAUCAGCAUCAGCAGCACCACUAGCACGCCAUAUUCCUUUGCCAGUGAUGCUCAAACAUUUGCCGAUGAUUUCUUUUUUGAUAAUGACAAUAAAUUCCCUUAUCUAACACAUCUCUAUCAUCAGCCUCAUCAUACCCAAUCCCAGGGUCAAGGAGCUCAAAUGGGUGAUUAUUUUGCUGCCUCACCCCGUUCGGGUAGACAUCGUGGUCGUGCUACUUCUCAUAUAAUAGCCAGUCAUAACCUUUUACAUUCGGUGGGUUCGAAAAAAUUUCGUUCUUUACCUGAAACCGAUCAAGAAUAUCAAAUGCAACGUUUACUUUAUGCCCCGCCCACACAAAGACAUUGGCCGGUUAAACGUGAGGCCGUAGUAGAGGGUGAUGUUAUAUUAGGUGGCCUUAUGAUGGUGCAUUCUAGAGAGGAUACUAUCACCUGUGGACCCAUUAUGCCGCAGGGUGGCAUCCAGGCUUUAGAGGCCAUGUUAUAUACUAUUGAUAGGAUUAAUGAAAUGGAUUUAUUGCCUAAUAUUACUUUGGGUGCUCAUAUUUUAGAUGACUGUGAUAAGGAUUCGUAUGGUUUGGAAAUGGCAGUGGAUUUUAUUAAAGGUUCCAUUAGCAACAUAGAUGAUGCUGAAUAUCAUUGCAACAAGACUACUGUACGUAAAGUUAUUUCUGGUGUAGUGGGUGCUGCCUCAUCGGUUACUUCUAUACAAGUGGCAAAUUUACUCAGAUUGUUUCGUAUACCACAGGUCUCCUUUUUCUCCACCAGUCCUGAGCUAAGUAAUAAACAACGUUUUGAAUAUUUCUCACGCACCAUACCCUCGGAUCACUAUCAAGUUAAGGCCAUGGUGGAAAUAGUCAAACGCAUGGGUUGGAGUUAUGUCUCCAUUAUAUACGAAGAAAGUAAUUAUGGCAUAAAGGCUUUCGAGGAAUUGGAAGAAUUAUUGGCCCGUCAUAGCAUUUGCAUUGCUGUUAAAGAGAAACUGGUUAAGGAUUCUGGUGUGGCCGAUGAAAUUGCAUACGAUAAUAUUGUACAAAAGUUACUGACCAAACCACGAGCACGUG